UUCAAAGUGAAAACUGUUUCUAUUAAUCAUUUUACCUAAUUAACGGAUUUUCCAUCUUAAUUGUGUCUCUUAUCCAUUUAUCCUUCUAAUCCAAAUGAUGUUCAAUUUAAUCGUGCCAAGGAUUAUCUGUUUUCCAAAGGUACGUAUAAAAAAGGAUGGGUCAUCACUCGCCUCCCACCAUCUCAAAGUUUAUCCACAUUACCGGUUACCGGUUUACAAGGUCAAAUGGAAAAGGAAGAUGCAUCUCUCAUCUCUCUUUUCUUAUGAUACAUUUUAGCUCAUCUUUUUGUUUGUUUUUUUGGAACCAAGGAUUUACUUGAUUCCAUUAUUUUUGCGCCGAUUAAUUUUGUCCAAGAAGUUGAGAAAUAGGAAGAUGAUUUGAUCUCUAAGUAAUUCAGCUGAUAAUCGUUUGUUUCCCAUGUUAAUUAGAUUAACUCUCGGCCGAUAAUUGAGAAAGAUUCAACUUUCAACAAAAAAUCAAACUGUAAAAAGCUUUAUAUCUUUACUAUUUUAUCAAAAAAAAGAUUUUCUUUGUAAAUAUUUAAAAUCAAUUCUAAUUUGGAUCAAUUUGAAGCAAAAACACAAUCAUCUGUGCAAAUUUCCAACUGAUUCCAACAGUUGGCCCCAAGAUUUGCUUUAAAUCUAUUGCAGUUAUCAUAAUGGUGACACUUUAACUUAAGUGGUUCCAGGGGUCGGACUAAUGAAGUGCAAAAAAGGCCUUAAGGUGGAGUCCUUGGUCCUUGUGGAAGUUAAUCUACCUCCAAGAAAGAUUAUUGAUCAGUAACUGGUGUUGGCCAUUAAUACAAUUGUCAUCAAAUUUAAAAGUUCAGCGUUUUUUUUGGAAAAUAUUUCUUAUUCGUCUCAUUCUAAAAUCUUUGUUUUAAUUAAUAAUUGUUGUCAUCUAAUUGUGAUUUUCAAAUAGCCGAUAAUGAGCAAAGAUAUCAAGAUAACUGCUAUUGGACACAGUGGCGCUGGUAAAACCUGUUUUAUGACGCAGGAGCGAUUUCAUACUUUUCCAUCCGAGACCAUAACUGACAUCGGUGUCGAUUUCGUUAGAUUAAAGUAUUCAAAAGACGGAAAGCAAUAUAAUGUCCAAUUAUGGGAUACUGCUGGUCAGGAAAGGUUCCGAUCAAUACCUAAGACUCUAUACCAAUCAGCUCAUGGAAUUCUUUACUUUUACGAUAUCACGAAAAGGAAGAGUUUAGAGGCUCUCGAAAAAGUUUGGCACGAAGAGGUAAUGAUCUAUUCUAACCGAAAAGAGCUGAUUAAAGUUGUUGUUGGAAAUAAAAGCGACCUAGAAGACAAACGACAAGUAUCAAGAGAGGAAGGACAACGAAUGGCCACCAAACUCUCAGCUUCAUUCUUCGAGACAAGUGCUAAGAACGGGAAAAAUGUCUCUCGUGCUAUUUACGAUUGUUUCGAAAGAGUAGUGGUAACUGCUGAACAUCAAGAGGAAAUCGCUCCAGAAAGGUCGAGUGAAAUUAUCAAUUUGACAGAAACCGAACCAAAAGACUGGUCAUGUUGUCCUUGUUGAAUCAGUUUGAAAUUAAUCACACAAUUUAAUUGAAAUCAAUGCUUUCUUUUCAUUCAUUAAUAGCAUCGAGUAAUAAGAUAAUUUUAUUGAGGAAUCAUUGAUUUCACUCCAUCACAAUCAGACUUGAUAGGGAAAGAAGAAGAUGAAGAAAAAGAAAUCAAGUUUAUUGUAUCUUCUUUGGUUCGUAAUUAUAUCAAAUGAUGACACUUAAUUUGUUUAUUUGUUUAAUUAUUUAAAUAAUGAAGAUGUUUCUGAGAAAUUGAUUCACCCAAUUAGUGAUUGUCUUACAAAUCUGUAUCAUACCAUUGGUCAUUAAUGGGUCAAAAGUAACUGUUGACUCCAUGUUUGGAUUUGUUGAAUAAUGUCCUGUUCUUAUUAAUGUAGUGGUCAUCAAAUGCAAAGAGUAAUAGUUAUUACUCUUUGAUCAAAUGACCAGAAUUACCUACUGGUCCACCUCCAGUGGUGUAAUGAUUUGAUCGAGAUAAAGUUGAAUGGACUGAAGCUGAACCCGAAUUUAGGAUUGCCUGAUGAAUUCGAUUGAUUCAAGAUCUAGAAAUUGAUGAAUUUCUAAACUUGCACCAGAAAUUUUUUAAUUGGAUUUCGAACUCCCAGUUCCAAGUGACUUUUGCGAUAAACGUUUUUUUUCUUCUACAAUUUUCAUUUUUGACAACGUUUAUGGAGAAAAGCUCAAAUGCUAAAAAAUUAAAUUGUUGACCAAAUUAUCACUAAUACGAAUCAAUAGACUAAUGCCUUUACCAUUGAUUAAACCUCAUAAUAUUGUUGAAUUUUUGGAAAAAAUAAUAACUGAUGCCGAUUGUGAUGAAAUGGAAAAGUUAUGAGAAUAUUUUUAUGAUAACUUUUAUAAAACUGAUGUAAGGUUUGAAUUAUCGCUAUGGAACACAGCUAAU